UUGUUUGCUGGUGGUCGUACAUGCUACGGAUCAACUUAGAACAUUUCAUCUUUUACUACAUUGAAAUAGUUAUAUGUGAAGCUUGUAUCUGAUAUUAUGUUCAAUUGUUAAUCUACUUUAUGCUGAAAUAUGCCAUGGAGAUUUUACUUUCAGAAUCUAGCGUCGUCACGACAUAUUAUUUUGGCUGGUCAACAAGCACUGUGGCAGUUUUUCUUGCGUGUCUUGGCCUCACCGUUCUUCCAGUAAAUCUUGUUGUUGGGAGCUAUAUUAGUAACAUGUUUGAGGACAGGCAAAUUUUGUUGGCAUCUGAAAUUAUGGUUUGUCUUGGCAUACUCAUGAGCUUUCAAGUUGUAUUCCAGUAUUCUGUGCCACAAUAUGUCUGCUCAGGGCUCUUAUUGUUUGUAUCUGCUGAAGUUUUAGAAGGUGUAAAUUUGUCACUCCUAUCACGAGUCAUGUCCUCUAGACUUUCACGUGGAACCUACAACGGCGGCCUCUUGUCUACAGAAGCGGGAACCAUCGCUCGGGUGAUUGCAGAUGCGACUAUAACUCUUGCCGGGUAUUUAGGGGAGAGUAUGCUCUUGAAUGUUACUCUUCUUCCUUCACUUUUUAUAUGCAUAGUCUCCAUUCUCGCCACAUUUUGGACCUACAAUUCUCUCUACUGAUAUUGUCUCAUGUAAUUAGAAGAUAUUCUCAGCACCUCUCAAUUAUUUUACCUUCAUUCCUUCCUUUAUGGUUUAUCAA